AUGGCGAGAUCAGCACAGCAACGAUAUGCCGAGAUCUUUAGAGAUGUCGAGGAUUUGAUACUCGAUCAUAUCAACCAGCAAGCUAUCUCGAAUCCAAGAUCUAAACUCAAUAUGCUGGUGCCUACCAUCUCUGCCUUCUUCACCCCUCUGGCCCUAGAAGACGCUUUCCGAUAUCAAGAUGCGAAGCGCGCCAUCUCCUCCCGCCGUUUUGUUGCCCCAUCAUUCAACGACAUCCGGCUAAUCCUGAACACCGCUCAAGUGAUGGCGAUGAUCCGGCCCAAGCCAUACAGACAAUUGAAAGUCAAGUUGAACCCAGGCCUUGAGCUUUUGACCUUUGAUGGUGAUGUCACAUUGUACGAGGACGGUGCAUCCCUACAUUCACCCGAGGCGAAUCCUGUGAUUCUACGACUCCUUCAUUUUCUGGCCCAGGAUGUCAAAAUCGGAAUCGUGACGGCCGCCGGAUACAUGCAACCCGAGCACUACUUCAAUCGUCUAUCUGGCCUGCUUUUGGCUGUCAAGGCUUCACCGCAUCUCAGUGCUAGUCAAAAAUCCAACCUGAUCAUCAUGGGCGGUGAAUCCAAUUUCCUCUUCGUGUUCGAUGAGAAGGAGGAGCACUGCUUGCGGUAUAUUCACCGGCGAGAAUGGAUUCUGGAUACCAUGAAACACUGGUCGGAGUCUGCCAUCCAAGAGCUUCUCAACGAUGCCGAGUCUGCGUUUCAAUCGUGCAUUCGCACGCUUCGGCUGCAAGCCAAAGUACUCCGGAAAGAACGAGCGGUUGGGAUUUACACAGCUGACCAGUCCAAGAAGCUCACCCGUGAACAACUGGAGGAAACCGUCCUGGUCGUUCAGCAGGUAGUGGAGACCUCUAUCAAUACGGCGCAUUCUGAAAAGCCAGCCCCAUAUGCGGAUAUCCCCUUUACCGUGUUCAAUGGGGGUGCCGAUGUUUUCCUGGAUAUUGGAGACAAGUCACUGGGGGUACAAUCAUGUCAGAAAUGGUUUGGGGGUAUUCGACCAUCCAGCACACUGCAUGUCGGUGAUCAAUUUCUGAGUGGAGGGGGGAAUGAUUUCAAGGCCAGAAGUGCGUGCUGUUGUGCGUGGAUUGCCAGUCCAGCAGAGACAGUGGCACUGUUGGACGAAAUGAUAGCACUGGGAAAGGGUGAUUAA